AAUGGGGUGGGCACUUCCGGUCCGCCAUGCUGUAGGCUCGCGUCUUCGGGACUGAGGGAGACUCUUGUGUUCUUUGUGCCGUGCUGUGACCCUCUGUCGGGAGCUGUGGGGAGAGCGGGGCGAGCUCGGAAUCCGCCAUGGAUACAGUGACCUGUGAGGAUGUGCACGUAAACUUCACGCAUGAAGAGUGGGCUUUGCUGGAUCCUUCCCAGAAGAGUCUCUACAAAGAUGUGAUGCUGGAAACCUACUGGAACCUCACUGCUGUAGGCUACAAAUGGGAAAACCAGAAUAUUGAAGAACAUUGUCAAAGUUCUAGAAGACAUGGAAGGUCUAUGAUGUGUCACUCUGGAUACAACUCAUGUGAUCCUAAGGGAUAUGGAAAGAAGCAAUGCACCUCUCUCUCUUCCCCCCAAAAUAAGAGAUAUGUAGUGGUUCCUGCUAUGAGAAGAUAUAGUGAUUGUGAUACAAGUGUUCAAUUAAUUGGAUUUCCAAGUUUACUGGGAGCACAUCCACAAGCACACGAUGAAAAAGAACCUUGUGAGUACAGGGAAUAUGGAAAUUCUUCUGCUUGCACUGGUUCAUGCUGCACAUGUAACGUGACUGACACCGCAGGAAAAUGUUAUGCUUGCAGUCAGUGUCCCAAAACUCUGAAUCUUUCCAGUUCUCAUCAAAGUGGUGAAAAGACUCAUUUGGGAAAAGGAUGCUGUGAAUGUGAGCCUUGUCCAAAAGGCUUGACCCAUCACAGGUGUCUUCACACACACAGAAGGUUCCAUACCGAAGAGGAACCCUGUGAGGAUAAAAAAUGUGAUGAAACAUUUAGAUCUGAUUCUUCUUUACAUUUACACCAAAGACCACAUUUGAAAAUGGAACCUUAUGAGUAUAAUCAAGGUGAUCAAGACUUUGCAUGUCACAGUUAUCUUCAAGUGCCCAGAAUUCAUACAGGAAAGAAACCGUAUGAAUGCUAUCAAUGUGGAAAAGCCUUUGCGCGUCCCAGUGAACGUAAAAUACACGAAAGAAGUCACACUGGAGAGAAACCCUAUGAAUGUAGUCAAUGUGGUAAAACCUUUGCAUAUCCCAGUAGUCUUCAAAGGCAUGAAAGAAAUCAUACUGUUGAGAAGCCCUUUGAAUGUCAUCAGUGUGGUAAGGCCUUUACACAUAACAAUCAUCUUCAAAGGCAUGAAAGAAGUCAUUCUGGAGGGAAACGCUAUGAAUGUUACCAGUGUCGUAAAGUCUUUGCACAUAACAGUCAUCUUCAAAGGCAUGAAAGAAGCCACACUGGAGAGAGACCCUUUGAAUGCAAUCAGUGUGGUAUAGCAUUCUCAUCUCGCAGUAAUCUUCUCAGUCAUGAAAGAAGUCAUGCUGGAGUGAAGCCCUAUGAAUGUAAUCAGUGUGGUAAAGCCUUUGCACGUAGGAGUCAUCUUCAAUAUCAUGAAAAAAUACAUACUAGAGAAAAAUCCUAUGUACCUCGCAGAAGAGGUAAAGCUUUGCACAGACGCCUUGGUGCUGGAGGUGCCAGUCCCAUGGGGUGUCCAUCCAGACCGUCAGCAGUGGUGACAUGGAACCAGUCAGAGCCUAGAAGAGAAGUUUGUACUGCAGGUGGCAGAACCAGUGAAGUGACCCAAGCUCUUUGGAGAGGACCUGAAGAUUGUGGGUGGGUCCCAGCCAUUAGUAGUGGAGUUAUUUAUGCUGUUGGAGUUUCUUUUUCCUUCUUUCAGAAUGUGACCACUCUGAUUCUUCCCUCUUGAAGGGGAAGGUAUUUAAUUUACGUUUGAUUUUUAAAAAAGCCAUAAUUGAAAGACUUUGAACUUUUAAAAGAGAUCUUGGAUUUUUAGUGAGAUUGGAUAUUUUUAAAGAAAAAUUUUAAUGCAUUUGAAUUUGUAAAGAUUAUGGGACUUUUAUUAAAGUUAUUUAUGUUUUCAAUAUGAGAUUUUGGGAAUGAAUAAGAAAGGAAAGGUUGUGGCUCAAUAGUGAUGUGUUUGCAUGUGAAGCUGAGAACUGACCCACUGUACUGACUGGUCUUAUGUCAACUUCAUGCACAAACUGGACUUACCUGACAGGAGGGAAACUUAAUUGAGAAAAUGCCUCUGUAAGAUAUGGCUAUAAGGCAUUUUUAAAAUGAUUCAUGGGGAAGGGUCCUGGGAUCUAUAAGAAAGCAGGCUGAGCAAGCCAUAGAGAGCAAGUCAGUAAGCAGCACCCCCUCCAUGGCCUUUGCAUCAGCUCCUGCAUCUAGAUUCCUGCCCCAUUUAGGUUUCUGUCCUGACAUCUUUUAAGAUGAACAGCAAUACUGAAGAGUAGGCUAAAUAAUCCUUCCCAUAUCACCACUGCCAAAAUUCUAACUAAGAAAUCCUGUCUCAAAAAAAUAAAAAAAACAGGGUUGUGGUCAGACAGGGCAACAAUUAAACACACUGGUCAUUCUUCCAGAUGACAGAGUUUCAAUUCCCAACACCCAGAUGGAAGUUUACAACUUUCUGUAAGUCAUGUUCCACGGUAUCCAACACACUCAUAGAGACAUACAUGCAAACAAAACACCUAUGCAUGUAAAAUAUAUACUAUUCUUUUAAAAAAGAAUAUGUCACAUUGUGGAACUUUCUCUAACAUAAUCUGGACUCAUCUCUACUCAAGUAAAUCUUUUGUUGUCUUCUUUCACAUGAAGAGAAUGGUAUUUACAAUUACAAUUAGAAGCAAUGUCCAGAGUCCAUUUACAGAGAGAUAGAAAUCAUUUAAUCCUUCAAUUCUCAAAUAGGGAAUUUCAUCACUAUGAAGUGAGAGAAAGCAGAAGGAGUACUGGCACAUCUUCAUCUUCUACACUAUAAUAACAUAUUUGGGAGUCAGGGAUUUCCUCAGUAGUAAAGCUGCUGUUGGGUACCCACGUUUGAAUACUAGAACCCACAUCAGAUGGCUUAGAACUACUUCUAAAGCCUUGUCCUGGAGAUCUGUUGCAUUCUUCUGGCUUCCUUGGGUACCAGGUAUGCAAAUGGUACAAAGAUAGAUAUGUAUGUAUUUGUGUGUGUGUAUUUUCCAUAGUUUUAAAAAACCUUCAUUUAUGUGUUUUGUUUUUUCCUAAAAUUAAAAUAAAUUUAGGUGUAUUUUUGGAACAUGGUUCUGGAAAGGGGUCUUUUGAAGAGAAUUCCAUAUGCUAAUGUUAACAAUUCAAGAAAAGACAAGAGUCUUGAGACCUUAGUUUCUUCAAAACAUGAAAUUGUUCUUGGCAUGUGUUUUUGUGUUCCUCCCAGGUGUAGUAGGUAGGAGUGAGUUGACUUCAGAUUAUACAUUAUUGCUUGCUGUUGUUACUCAUUAAAUGCUUAAACUAUCAUUAUAUGCCCAUAUGGAAAGACAUGUUUUGGCCCAGGUGGCUUGUUUUUAUCAUUGUAUACAGCUUGAACUCAUGAGACCUUUCUUCCUCAUGUGACUUUUCUUAACCUGCCAAAUAUAAAUUGUCUCGGGCUCUGAAUAAAGUUGGCUAUUGUAUGAGA